AUGGUUCCGCCUCUUCAGUUUGGGAUCUCAUGCGGUGCUGCCGGUGCCUUCAUCGGCAUCUCGGCCGGUAUUCUCAAGAACGCCAGCCCCGUCAUGAGUGGAAUCAUGACGGGAUCCCAAUGGACUCUCUUGGGAAGCACGUAUUGGUUUUCACGGCAGCUCGUGCUUCGUGGAGCAGACGUUGAGGGACGCGGCACAGCGCCCACUGACAGAGUCAAGGCGAGCGCGUUGGCGAGCAUACCUACCGGGUGUCUCAUGGCUCUUGGUUCGGGGAACGGUCUCAAGGGACUACGGUCCAACCUGGUCAUCUGCGGAGUCGUGGCCGUCGGUGGACAGCUCGCCGUCAAUCUCCUGACAGGAGGCAGAGUUAACCCACAGGAGGAAGGAGAUGGCUGGCUUGAUGAGAAGUUUCAACAGACUACCACAUGUUACGCUGCUGGAUCUGUCCUGCAUUGUGUCGUUGACAGCAGCUGCAUGGUCUGGCCCACGAACUACUGGAGGUGA